AUGUCCACUCCAGAUCCCCCCAUGGGAGGCACCCCGCGCCCAGGUCCCUCUCCUGGUCCGGGUCCCUCCCCAGGGGCUAUGCUGGGCCCCAGCCCUGGUCCCUCACCAGGCUCCUCUCACAGUAUGAUGGGCCCCAGCCCUGGUCCUCCCUCCUCUGGACACUCCCAGCCGGGGCCCUCUGGAUACGGCCAGGACAACAUCCACUCUCUGCACAAACCGAUGGAGGGCAUGCAUGAGAAGAGCAUGAGCGAGGAGAGCCGCUUCAGUCAGAUGAAGAGUCUGUCGAUGAGACAGGGCGGACACAGCGGCAUGGGCCCCCCACCCAGUCCUCUGGAUCAACACUCACAAGGCUACCAAUCUCCAUUAGGUGGCUCUGAUCACUCCAGUCCUGUCCCGUCAAAUGGUCCUCCCUCUGGUCCUCUAAUGCCAUCGUCCUCCUCUUCCUCCUCCUCUGGCGGCCCCGGCUCCGCCUCUACACCUUUAGACGGUCCCAGCGGAGACCAACACAUGCUCGGCCCAGCUAACCGUCCCGGACCUCAAGGUAGCUCCGGCCCCGGGCCCAGCCCCGGGCCCAUUCUCGGAUCCAGUGUCCCCAUCCUUGGAUCUGGCAUUGACUCUGGUGGCCCCGCUGGCCUCGGAGGUCCCGGUGGUCCAACUCCCUUCAACCAGAACCAACUCCAACAACUCAGAGCCCAGAUCAUGGCUUAUAAGAUGCUGGCCCGGGGACAGCCCCUGCCGGACCACCUGCAGAUGGCUGUCCAAGGGAAGAGGCCGAUGCCAGGGAUGCAGCAGCCCAUGUCCAGUCUGGGUCCUGGGGUUGGAGUUGGUCCAGCUGGACCAGGUCCAGGGCUGAUGGGCUCAGGCUACAUUCGAGCUCACGGUAUGAUGGGUCCCAACAUGCCCCCACCAGGGCCGUCAGGGACCCCAGCUGGAAUGCAAAACCCCAACGGACCACCAAAGUCCUGGCCUGAAGGUCCCAUGGUGAACGCAGCAGCCCCCUCAAACGCACCCCAAAAGUUGAUCCCCCCUCAGCCCACUGGCCGGCCCUCUCCUGCCCCCCCCUCAGUUCCUCCUGCUGCCUCCCCGGUGAUGCCUCCGCAGACGCAGUCCCCCGGUCAGCCAGCACAGCCCACUGCCAUGAUGCCUUACCACGCCAAGCAGAGCCGCAUUACCCCAAUUCAGAAGCCCUGUGGCCUCGACCCAGUGGAGAUACUGCAGGAGAGGGAGUACAGGUUACAGGCUCGUAUCACUCAUCGUAUUGUUGAACUGGAGAACCUGCCGGGUUCUCUCGCUGGUGAUUUACGUACCAAAGCUACAAUAGAGCUCAAAGCUCUUCGACUGCUUAACUUCCAGAGACAGCUGCGUCAAGAGGUGGUGGUGUGUAUGCGUCGGGACACAGCUCUUGAGACCGCCCUUGACGCGAAGGCCUACAAGCGCAGCAAGCGCCAGUCUCUGCGAGAGGCCCGCAUCACAGAGAAACUGGAGAAGCAGCAGAAGAUCGAGCAAGAGCGCAAACGCAGGCAGAAGCACCAGGAGUACCUCAACAGCAUCCUCCAGCACGCCAAAGACUUCAAAGAGUACCAUCGCUCAAUCACAGGCAAAAUGCAGAAACUGACCAAAGCUGUGGCCACCUACCAUGCCAACACUGAGCGAGAGCAGAAGAAGGAGAAUGAGCGGAUUGAGAAAGAGAGGAUGAGGAGGCUCAUGGCUGAGGAUGAGGAGGGAUACCGCAAACUGAUCGACCAGAAGAAGGACAAACGUCUGGCCUACCUGCUGCAGCAGACUGACGAGUAUGUCGCCAACCUCACCGAGCUGGUCCGAGCUCACAAGGCUGCACAGGCACUCAAAGUAAAGAAGAAGAAGAAGAAGAAGAAAAAGAAGAAGAUAGAGAACGCUGAGGGGCAGACUCUGGCAGUGGGCCCUGAUGGAGAGCCUCUGGAUGAGACGAGUCAGAUGAGCGAUCUGCCUGUGAAGGUCAUCCAUGUGGACAGUGGAAACAUCCUGACAGGUUUGGACGCUCCUAGAGCCGGACAGCUGGAGACCUGGCUGGAGAUGAACCCGGGCUACGAGGUGGCUCCCCGCUCGGACAGUGAGGACAGCGAGGAGGAGGAAGAGGAGGAGGAGGAAGAGGAGGAGCGUCAGCCUGCAACAGCUCCGGUGGAGGAGAAGAAGAUCCCAGACCCCGACUGUGAAGAUGUGUCAGAAGUAGAUGUUCGCCACAUCAUUGAAAAUGCUAAGCAGGAUGUGGAUGAUGAAUACAUGGGUGCGGCCUUCGCUCGAACUCUCCAGUCUUAUUACGCAGUGGCUCACGCUGUCACAGAGAAGGUGGACAAACAGUCCAGUUUGUUGAUAAAUGGACAACUCAAGCAGUAUCAGGUUAAAGGUCUGGAGUGGCUUGUUUCCCUCUACAACAACAACCUGAACGGGAUCCUGGCGGACGAGAUGGGUUUGGGAAAAACCAUCCAGACUAUCGCCCUCAUUACUUACCUCAUGGAGAUGAAGCGUCUCAAUGGACCCUACCUCAUCAUUGUACCCCUCUCAACUCUUUCUAACUGGGUGUAUGAGUUUGACAAAUGGGCACCGACAGUCGUCAAAGUGUCCUACAAGGGGUCUCCUGCUGCCAGAAGAGCCUUCCUCCCCCAACUGCGUAGUGGAAAAUUUAACGUUUUACUCACCACCUACGAGUACAUCAUCAAGGAUAAACAAGUGCUGGCCAAGAUCCGUUGGAAAUACAUGAUCGUUGACGAGGGCCACCGGAUGAAGAACCACCACUGUAAACUGACCCAGGUCCUGAACACUCACUACCUUGCCCCACGGCGAGUCCUCCUCACAGGGACGCCGUUGCAAAACAAGCUGCCUGAGCUCUGGGCACUGCUCAACUUCCUGCUGCCAACCAUCUUCAAGAGCUGUAUCACCUUUGAGCAGUGGUUCAACGCUCCUUUCGCCAUGACUGGGGAGAAGGUGGACCUAAAUGAAGAGGAGACCAUCUUGAUCAUCCGUCGUCUCCACAAAGUGCUCCGCCCCUUCCUGUUACGCAGAUUAAAGAAGGAAGUGGAGGCACAGCUUCCAGAGAAGGUGGAGUAUGUGAUCAAGUGCGACAUGUCGUCUCUUCAGAGGGUGCUGUACAGACACAUGCAGGCCAAGGGCGUUCUUCUAACUGAUGGAUCCGAAAAAGACAAGAAGGGGAAAGGAGGCACUAAGACACUGAUGAACACCAUCAUGCAGCUGAGGAAGAUCUGUAACCACCCGUACAUGUUCCAGCAGAUCGAGGAAUCCUUCUCUGAACAUUUAGGAUUCUCUGGUGGAAUAGUCCAGGGACUUGACCUGUAUCGAGCAUCAGGAAAGUUUGAGGUGUUGGAUCGUAUCUUGCCCAAACUGAGGGUGACAAACCACAGAGUUCUGCUCUUCUGUCAGAUGACCACACUCAUGACCAUCAUGGAGGACUACUUCGCCUUCCGCAGCUUCAAGUAUCUGCGUCUGGACGGCACCACAAAGGCUGAAGACAGAGGAAUGUUACUGAAGACGUUCAAUGAUCCAGAGUCGGACUACUUCAUCUUCCUGCUGAGCACAAGAGCUGGAGGUCUCGGCCUCAACCUGCAGUCUGCUGACACUGUGGUCAUCUUUGACUCGGACUGGAACCCACAUCAGGACCUGCAGGCUCAGGACAGAGCCCAUCGCAUCGGUCAACAAAAUGAGGUUCGUGUGUUGCGUCUCUGCACUAUCAACAGUGUGGAAGAGAAAAUCCUGGCCGCUGCCAAGUACAAAUUAAACGUGGACCAAAAGGUCAUCCAGGCCGGCAUGUUCGAUCAGAAAUCCUCCAGCCACGAGCGCAGGGCCUUCCUACAAGCCAUCCUGGAGCACGAGGAGCAAGACGAGGUCUGGGGCCAAGAAGUGUGUCUACGCAUAAAUGAGGAGGAUGAGGUGCCCGAUGAUGAGACGGUCAACCAGAUGAUAGCCAGGAGCGAGGAGGAGUUUGAUCAGUUCAUGCGUAUGGACUUGGACCGGCGGCGGGAGGAUGCCCGUAACCCGCGGCGAAAACCUCGUCUGAUGGAGGAGGAUGAGCUGCCCACGUGGAUCAUGAAAGAUGAUGCCGAAGUUGAGCGGCUGACCUGCGAGGAAGAGGAGGAGAAAAUGUUUGGACGAGGCUCUCGGAUGCGUAAGGAGGUGGACUAUAGCGACUCACUGACCGAGAAGCAGUGGCUGAAGGCGAUAGAGGAUGGCACACUGGAUGAGGUCGAGGAAGAUGUGCGUCACAAAAAGACGACCCGCAAGAGGAAGAGGGACCGAGACUUGGACCUCCCCGGUCCCUCGUCUUCCUCCGGGGGACGUGGACGAGGGGACAAAGACGAUGAUGGGAAGAGGCAGAGGAAGAGGGGACGACCACCUGCUGAGAAACUCUCCCCGAAUCCUCCUGCUCUCCUAAAGAAGAUGAGGAAGAUUGUGGACGCUGUCAUCAAAUAUAAAGACAGCGCCAGCGGGCGUCAGCUGAGCGAAGUGUUCAUCCAGCUGCCGUCUCGAAAAGAGCUGCCCGAGUACUACGAGCUGAUCCGCAAACCUGUGGACUUCAGGAAGAUCAAGGAGGGGAUUAGAGGUCAUCGCUACCGCAGUCUGAGUGACCUGGAGAGAGACGUCAUGCUGCUCUUCCAGAACGCUCAGACCUUCAACCUGGAGGGAUCACUGAUUUAUGAAGACUCCAUCGUUCUCCAGUCGGUCUUCACCAGUUUGAGGCAGAAGAUUGAGAAGGAGGAGGAAAGCGAGGGAGAGGAGAGUGAAGAAGAGGAGGAGGAUCAAGAUGAAGGAUCCGAGUCUGAAUCUCGCUCAGUGAGGGUGAAGAUCCGUCUGGGCAGGAAGGACAAAGGCGGAGACCGAGGGAAUCGACGCAGCAGACGGACGGGACGCAACCGAGCCAAACCUGUCGUCAGUGACGACGACUCUGAGGACGAGCAGGAAGAGGAGCGCUCUCCCAGUGCGACUGAUGAAGAGUCCUGA